CUCCAACCUCACCACCUCACUCACCACCUCACCCACUCCUCCUCUCCACUGCGCCCUCCGUUGCGUAGCCUGAAGCAGCUGCAAUGGCAUCCAUCAUGCGUCCCGGCCUUCUCAGGUCAGCCUGCCAGAACCCCGCCGCCUCACAACGCAUGCUCUCGUCCUUCGCGCGCUCCGGUAUCAAGCGAUCCUCGCCAUUAAUCCACCAGCUCCGCCCGCAGUUCGUACACCCUACAAUCCCAAAGUCGACAAGAAUUGCCGCCUUUCAUGUUACCCAGCGCCAGCAGAUUAUUCCUCCCCUACCGCAGAAGAUCCACGGAACGCUGAACGAUCCCGUCCCCGUCCCCAACCCAGAGCCUGUCCAUGGCGCCUAUCACUGGACUUUUGAGAGACUUGUCUCCGUCGGCCUGAUCCCCCUGACUAUUGUCCCCUUCGCUUCGGGUUCCCUUAACCCAGUCAUGGAUGCCACUCUCUGUGCUCUUCUUGUUAUCCACUCCCACAUUGGCUUUGAGUCAUGCAUCAUCGACUACAUCCCCAAGAAGCGCCUUCCCAUCUCCCGCAUGGUCGCCAUGUGGGCCCUACGCAUUGGCACUGUCGCCCUUGGCGUUGCUCUCUAUUCAUUCGAGACCAAUGACGUUGGAAUCACUGAAGCCGCGAAGAGGCUUUGGCAGGCUUAGGGCUAUUUAGCUGGUUGAAUUUCUUUUGUAUAUACCACUACUGGCUAAUUAGCUUGAAAAUGGUUAGGAUGGGCCGAAGCGGAUGAGUCUGUUUGCUCAUGUGAGAAAUAAGUGUUGUACUAGGACGCAAUAUGAAAUGUUAGGCUGGAAUUCAUCGGGCACUAAAUUCACCAUCCAUCUUUG